GGGGGAAAGGAAGAAAGGAAACAAAGGAAAGAAGUUGUCUUAAUAUAUUCUGAUAACCUGGAAGUGGAUGUUUUCCCCCAAGGAGGGCCAAAAAAUCCACUGCAUGAAUGGAAGAAGGAGCAAAAGUUAUUUCAUUAUAACAGAAGCAACCCGAAUAACAAAUAAACUAAGAAAAACAUUUUUGAUUCAAUGGUAAUUAGUAAAAUGCAAGUUUAAACCAAUUCAGAUGUCCUUACUUACGCCCUUAAGAGUAACAAAAAAUUAAGUCUAAUGUCACCAAGUUCAAGUGCAGGUUUGGGAAUUCUCAUCUGUGGCCGGUGCCAGUGGGAGUUCGCCCAACCAUCCUGGGGUCAUACUUGGCAAUAUCUAGUCAGGGGGCAGCUGUCUGUCCCAGGUAAUUUGUUGCAUGUGUGCGCCGGGGGACAGAAAUGGGAUUAUUCUGCAGCAUUGUUUGUAGAAGCAAGCAUGUAGUUUGAAACAGCUUAAACGUUUGCUAAGAAAUAAUUGAGGGGCACCUGGGUGGCUCUGUCCAUUAAGCGUCCGACUCUUGAUUUCGGCUCAGGGCAUGAUCUCAGGGUUGUGGGAUCGAGCCCCAGGUAGGGCUCCACGCUCAGUGUGGAGUCUGCUUGAGAUUCUCUCCCUCUGCCCCUCUCCCCACUCCUGCUCUCUCUAAAUAAAUAAAUAAAAUCUUUGCAAAAAUUGAUAAAAUGUUACAUACAUAACAUCAUUUAUGUAAAAAGUUGCAAAUAGAAAACCGUACUAUACAUUAUCUAUAAAGACAUGUGUAUGUAGAAGUAUAAAUAGACAAACGAGAAUGAUCCAUAAAAUCCUCAGAAUAUUGGUUCCCUCUGAAGGACAGAGGGAGGGGGACUGAGACUGGGGAGCCGGAAAAUGUAAAUGGAGCUCUAUGUGUAAUGUUUCCACUUCUCGAUCAAACAGAACAGCUGCAGCAGAUGCUGAAAUAUUUACAUUCGUUCAUGGCAAAUGGUGGCCAUUUGUUGUAUAACUUUGUGGACUUCACCACUUAAGGUGGUUUCAUAACCACAUCACCUUUAAAACUGAAUAAAUACAAUACAGCCUCAGAGCUCAUCUUAAUUACGGUUGCGUGUCUCGUGCACACUUGCCUCUUCUAACCCCAAGAAGAAGGACCCAAUAUCCUGCCUCAUUCCAAUGAAACUUUUAUGCCAAUGGUUGGGUCGAUUUCUGGUUAAAUCUGCUGGGAUACAAAAAUGAUGAUAUUGGGAGACCAGGACCUCAGAGCCCACCAGGAAAGAAACUGGAUUAAAAUCUGAGCAGGCGAUGAGGAUGAGGUAUCUUGAAUUUGUCCUGAAUGUUGAUUCUUUCCCUUCAGUUAUGGCACCACCUUCUCUCCACCAACUCCCUGAUGGGGGGUGGGGUGGGGGUUGGAAGGGGUAAGGAAGGUGUCAGUGCUCGGCUCUCUAGCACUCUUUCCUCUGCUGUCAGUCCCUGAAGGAGUCCUUGUCCCCGCUCUGCCCUCCCACUGGAAGGAAACUUGUGCUUUCCUCUUUGCCCCUGGAAUAUCCAUCUGACACAGCUUCUGGGACUGGAAAUUCUCAGUACUUCAGACAAACCAAUGUCAUUUACAGCAAGGCAGUUUUUUUUUUUUCUAUGUUCUAGCAAGUUCACCUACUUUGAUUGCAAACGCUAAUCAUAAUGUGCCACUGCUGGUUCCACAGAAGAAUGGUUUUUUUCAUUUCAUUUCAAGUUGGAGGGAGAGAAUCAACUGAUCUGUUUUAAAAUAUUUCCUAAUUUCCUGUAAGUUGCAAAAAAAAAAAAAAGCAACAAGUGCAUUGCGUUAACAUAAGCUAACUUCGCCUGGGGUUUGCCUAAAGUUAGUCAUAGGUAUUUGAAAGUAUAAUAUGAGUUCAAAAAUUAGCAAUGAAAAUGGCUCAUCCUAGGAUAAUUAUUCUUAGAUGUCUGCAUUAAAAGUGUUCUCAGGCUUUAGCAACUCCUAUAUGGACACUUGCUUUUAUUCCUUUCCUGUUUUCUAUUCCAGAAGAGGAUGGAAGGGCUUCAGAGGGGCAGAUAUGGAACGAUGGCUGAAGGCAGAGAGGAAGAUAACUGGUCUGCAACAUCCACCUCACUGAGGAUCGUCCUGGUGGGCAAGACAGGCACUGGGAAAAGUGCCACAGGGAACAGCAUUCUCCACCAGCCAGUGUUUGAGUCCAGGCUGGGGAGCCAGCCUGUGACCAAAACGUGCCAGGGCGAGACAGGGACCUGGAACGGAAGGAACAUCCUGGUGGUUGACACGCCCUCCAUCUUUGAGGCAGAGGCUCAGACCCAGGAGAUGUACAAGGACAUCGGGGACUGCUACCUGCUCUCUGCCCCGGGGCCCCACGUAGUGCUGCUGGUGACCCAGCUGGGGCGCUUCACUGCCCAGGACACGGUGGCCGUGAGGAGGGUGAAGGAGGUCUUCGGGGCGGGAGUCAUGAAGCACGUGGUGGUCCUCUUCACCCACAAGGAGGACUUGGACGGCGAGUCCUUGCACGAUUACAUCGCACACACGGACAACCAGAGCCUGAGGAGCCUGGUGGGGGAGUGUGGGAGGAGGUACUGCAGCUUCAACAACUCGGCCACCGGGGAGGAGCAGAAGGCGCAGCUGGCCGAGCUGAUGGCUGUGGUGGAGAGGCUGGAGAGGGCGAACGAGGGCGCCUUCCACAGCAACGACCUCUUCUUUGAAGCCCAGAGGCUGCGGCAAAGGGGGGGCGGCGCCUGCGGGGAAGGGCACAGACGCUACCUGGACAGGGUGCGGGCGCAGCUGGGAAAGCAAAGGCGACACCUGAGAGACCCCAGGAGCAACCGGGCCUGCGGGGCGCUCCUCAGAGUCACAAGAUGGAUGUUUUCUUGCGGUGGGAUAGCUGUUGUCCUCAGUAUAUGCGUUUUGAUUUUUCUUGCCGCUUUAAUUAACUUGAGUAUUACUCAUGGACACUGAGCAUUUGCAGUGAUUUCUGCAAUCAGCUGACUUAUGUUUUCAGAGUCGCCAUCUCUGUGUCAGAUUCUUUGUUUUUUACAUGAUUUCACGUUCUUUUGCUCUUCGUCACAUCAGACAUACUGUCCAUUUUCUUCAAGUGCUUAGGUCAAUAAAUCCAAAGGAAAAAUUAUUUUUUUGUUUUUGUUUUGUUAACAAUUGUGACGGUACAUGAGAAACUAACUGUCUGGAAAUGUUUGGGUACGUGCUGGGAGGCAGGUGGUGGGUGGUGAAGCCGUGGGGAUGUCCCACCUCUGGUCCCACCUUUGUGUCGUCAGGCUAUUGAGGGGAGACAGGUGUUUUAUGAAAAGCCUGUGGUAGAUUCCUUAUUUUAUUCAGAAACAUACCUGAUCUCAUUAGAGUUAGUCAUAAAAGCUGAUGCCCACC